AUGGCUUCAGCACAGCAACAGCAAGAUUUAAAGCUCUUCUUUGAAUAUCAAGGAGUCAACGAAAACAACCUAAAUCGCCUACAUUACGUUCAAAAGUUUACGGAUUUCCAGUUUUUCCGACUAGCUAACCCCGUAUACUCGUCGUUCGAUAGAGCCUAUAUCAAGUGGCUACAACAACCUAAUUAUCAAGAAAUGGAAAAUAACGCAAUUCUUACUCAAUCUCAAACACCAACCUCCUUUUUCAACUCUCAACCACCACCGUAUACGUCACCACCUAUCUUGGACAAUGUGAACGAAUGCUAUAACACAGACCUAUUAAGUAUCAUGAAUCCGAUAAACCCGAAUAUUUUAUACAACAACAACAACGAUGCAGAAUAUUUAAUGACUGACACAACCACCGAAGUACUAGAAUCGAGUAGCGAUAACCAAUCUCCAGCAACAUCCCCCGUCACCGUACAACCUCCCGCUACCCCCGUGAAAAAACCACUAAUUCCUAUGGGUAAAAAUAUAAACAAUUUAAAAAAAAGUCUAAAACGAAAAGCAUCUUCAUCUGCAUCUGCAUCUUCAUCUAAAAGUGGUCGUCCCAACAAACACGUCCACCUUACACGAAUUGCAAACGACGAAGCAGACGAGGAGAAAAUAAGCUCGCAAGAUGUAAUUCUCUAUACAUUAGACGGAGCAGUGAAAAAAAGAAAAACAAUUCUUACUACUAGUAAUGAAACUAUUGAAACCUAUAAUAUGAAACAUUACCAAUGCUAUCUAUACUUAGGAGAAAAACGCGAACGAGCAUUAGAGAAAAUCAAAACACAGAAAGAAAAACUAGAAAAAUUAUGUUAUCUUGAAAAAUUCGCAAUAGAAGCAUUAAAAAAUCGCAAAAAUAGAAAACUCGAAAAAAAUGUUCUGUAA